AUGACGCUCUUCUCCGCAUCGUUUCUGUCGGACAAUCAGACUCCCGGCCAGGGCGCCGGCACAAACCAGCCCUCCAAGUCCCCUCCUCCGCCCAUUGCCACCGCCGCGGCCGCCGCGACGGCGCCCGGCCCCAAGAUCAAGAGUCCCAACCUGCACCGACCAAUCAUGCAGGCCAUGCCUGACAACCGGCAGCAGAGCUUCGACGAGAUCUACGGGCCGCCCGAGAACUUUCUCGAGAUUGAGGUCCGCAACCCGCGAACGCACGGCAUGGGCCGCUCCAUGUACACCGACUACGAGAUCCAGUGCCGCACCAAUAUCCCCGCGUUCAAGCUCCGCCAGAGCUCGGUGCGCCGCCGGUACUCCGACUUUGAGUACUUCCGCGACAUCCUGGAGCGCGAGAGUGCGCGCGUGACCAUCCCGCCGCUGCCGGGCAAGGUCUUCACGAACCGCUUCAGCGACGACGUCAUCGAGGGGCGGCGCGCGGGCCUGGAGAAGUUUCUCAAGAUUGUGGUGGGACACCCGCUGCUGCAGACGGGCAGUAAGGUGCUCGCUGCCUUUGUACAGGCGCACUUCUCCUCGGAUAGCUGCGUUGGUAUCCGUGAAUCAUCAACGCUGGCACCCGCACCGUCGGCCGUCUGCAUCCACGCCCCUGAGACUUCCCUCCGCUUGCUAGUCAUGAACUGCCACAGCGUGUCAAGGCUCGCUCGUCGAGCUGUUACCACGCAUCACAGCUUUUUAAAAAGCAAACUGGUGGGACCUCUCAUCGCUCGACAUCUUACGCAGUCCAGGGCUCGACCGGACAAGUGCUGUGCGUCACGAACGAGCAAGUCGUCGCAGGGGGAGCAGCCGGCGCCGUCGAUAGGCUUCUGGGCGUCCCGGUCGACAUGGCACAGGGCUUCCAUCAACACCGUCCGCUGCCUCGUUGGGUGCACGACGGGCGACUUUAGUGCCAUGUGGUUGCUCCAGGCGCACUGCCCCGAGCUGGGCAUGUCCACCAUCAUGGGCAUCUCCAUGGCUGCGGGCAUAUCAACAUCCAUGGUGCUCGAGACGGCGCUGCUUCGCCUUGGUCGUGAUAAACUGCCAUGGCCGGCGGCCGCCAAGACUGCGGCGGGCAUGAGCCUUAUCUCCAUGAUCACAAUGGAGCUUGCCGAGAAUGUGGUUGACUAUUCCCUGACGGGUGGCGCAGUGGCAUUCGAUUCACUGUCGUUUUGGCUGGCGGCCCUGGUGUCCAUGGGCGCAGGGUUCCUCGCGCCACUGCCAUACAACUACCACCGGCUGAGAAAUUGUAAGAUAGGUCGCUUGACAAGCACUCACACGAGUUCGUUUGAGCUCAGUUUGCCAGCAUUUAAGAGCACUCGCCCCUCUUCCUCGACUCUACUUUGUCACCUUUGUUCUUUUGCAACAGUAGUUGAUUCGAACCCGAUCUUCGAACAGCAGAGACUUGAAAACCAUCGAAAGCCCGCUAUGGAGUAUUUUGAUGGUGACCCCGUCCAUCCGCAGCCCUUGCUGCCGCCACCGUUCUACCCCAGUAUUUACAACGUGAAGGUGGCCUUGGAGUCGCUGAACUUGGAGGGCAGCUAUGUCUUUGAGUCUGAAAUGCAUGGCCCAAGAUAUAUACUUUACAGAUUCCGCAGAGACGACGGGUCCCAUAUCGCUCUGCGCAUGAUGCAGCCGUACCGCGUUGUCGCAAGCGCCGAAUACGUUCGGACCGCUGUGCGGCGAGAGGUCAGCAUUCUGAAAAAGCUGGAGAGCAUCCAAUUCCAGUGGGCUCCGAGAUGCAUCGCUUUUGACCUAUCGUUUAAUAACCCGAUUGGGCGUCCUUUCCUGGUCGUAACGUGGAUGGCGGGCCAGACGCUGAUCUGGACAAGGGACCACCCAGGACCGGAUCUGCGGGCGCGGGUGCUGAACCAGCUUUCACAGAUACAACUGGAGCUGAUACAUACUUCUCUGCAAAGAUCUAACCCAACGGCUAAACAAUAUUACUCGCGACUGAUUCACGACAAUAUGAUGGCUGUUCCCAGGGGGAUGUCUGGUAUUGGUGGCGUGCCUACGCAGGAGGACUAUUGGGCACAGUUGACGCAUCUAGAGAACGUACUCGUCUCUGGCCACGGCGACAAGGAGUACGCCAUCGCCCACACCAACAUACUUGCCGAAAACAUCAUCGUCGAUUCGGACUACAACAUAGAAUGCAUUGUCGGUUGGAGUCACGCCGGCGUCGUGCCUCUCGGUCACGCCGCCACCCUCCCUCGUCUCCUGGUGCCCACCAGGGUCCCCAGAGACCCCCUUGAGAAGCAGCUUGCGCAAAUGGCUGCGCUCUUUGACAAGUUCAAUUACUGGACUGUGCUCGCGAACAGCCCCGUGAUGACGCUGGGCACACAGGCCAUGUCCAAGUGGCAAAUGGGCGAGGACGGCGACUUUCGCGCCUUGUACAUGCUGUCAAUGAAUCACUUUGGCGUGCUCUCGUGGUUGUCCAGCCAGGAUUGGCGGCCCCCGUCCUGCAAUAGCUACUGCGCGCCAAUGCGCCAGACGCCGCCUGUGUCCUUCCCCGCUGGCCCGACCAGAGUGCCCAGGGCAACAGCCCCGACGGGAAGCGUGAGAGGGUACCAGGCUGAGCCGUCUUGGGACGAGGCUGUUCCAUCGCGGGAGGAGCCUUUUCCGUCGCGAGAACAAGCUGUUCCGUCGCAGGAAGAAGUUAUUCCGGCGCAGGGGGAAAAUAUUCCACCGAGCGAAAGGGCUGCUCCAUCGCGAGACGAGCCCGAAAUGAAAGAUGAGCCUUCUGAGUGA